AUGGAGGACAUGAUGGGUCUUCCAAGGGAGAACAUCACCAUGAUUCAGAUCCUGGAAAAGCCAUGGCUGUUCAAUAGGGCAGGCCGCCUUGCGAACGACGACAAGUCGGAGCCCAACGUGUCCGAGCUCGACCCCGCAGACGAGAAGAAGUACUUCGCGGCUCUUCAGCUCACGCAGGACGCCUACGCUGCGCUGAAGGAGAGGCCGCCGCAAGUUGGCACCGGCCAGGCCGGCAAGAAGCUGCGCGGCUGCCCGGCCUCCAGACUCAACUGCGCCGACGCGCUCGCCGAGGUCUCGGCCGCGCUCAAGGAGAAGUACACAGAAGCGUUGGACAGGUGGUGCACCGAGUAUAUCGACGGUGCCGAUUUCAUCUGCGGAUAG